UUCCUCAAUUUCAUCACACCAAACUUCCACAUUAACAGAACAUACACAUUGCUGAUCUUCGUUCCUUUUUUCUCCCUCUGUAUGUUGUAAUUGAUUUGCCUCAUCAUGGGAGCUUUAGUAAUCUCGUCCCUCCUGCUACAUGUCCUAGCGUAUUCCAUCUGCGUUCAAGGCUUCUACCGUCGUGGCGGCCAUCAUCCGGGCGGCCACGGAGGACCUUGGAUCAACGCUCAUGCCACUUUCUAUGGCGGCGGUGAUGCUUCCGGCACUAUGGGUGGAGCAUGUGGGUACGGGAAUCUUUAUGGCCAAGGUUACGGAAUAGAGACGGCAGCGCUGAGCACGGCGUUAUUCGACAAUGGACUCAGCUGUGGUGCGUGUUUCGAGCUGAAGUGUGUCAACGAUCCUAAAUGGUGCAUACAAGGCCGGUCCAUUGUAGUCACUGCCACUAACUUUUGUCCUCCUGGUGGCGCCUGCGAUCCUCCCAACCACCAUUUCGAUCUUUCUCAACCAAUCUACGAGCAUAUCGCUCUUUACAAGUCCGGUAUCAUUCCGGUUAUGUACAGAAGGGUUCGGUGCAGAAGAAGAGGCGGGAUAAGGUUCACGAUCAACGGCCACUCAUACUUUAACUUGGUGCUGGUCACAAACGUCGGUGGAGCCGGGGACGUACACUCGGUGUCGAUGAGAGGGUCACGUUCACGAUGGCAAUUAAUGUCAAGAAACUGGGGGCAAAACUGGCAAAGCAACUCUUAUCUCAAUGGUCAAAGUCUGUCGUUUGUUGUGACCACAAGUGAUCGCCGAAGUGUUGUAUCGUACAAUGUUGCUCCUCCUAGUUGGUCCUUUGGCCAGACCUACAUCGGAGGGCAGUUUCGGUAUUAACUAGUAUACUAAUUAAGUGAUUUAUAUUGUAGACCGGUUUGGUUUGCUUCGGGUGUUUGUUGUAAUUUCCGGUUCCAAGUUGGUGACUUUUUUGGGUAACCAAUUGAAAUUUGGACUGAUAGUGAUAUAUAUAGGCAACUGUGUGUGAACAAGAGAAAGAAAUGUAUAAUUCUCAUUUUAUAUAAAAAGGAGAGAUAUAAUGUUAUCAAAAUAAAAUAAAAAUGAAAUUUACUA